AAUAGGUGGGGGAGAAGAAUGUUUCUGUCUCUCCCUACGUUGACUGCCCUUAUUCCGUUGGUCUGUCUCGCAGCACUGUUGUGCUCAGCCUCCGUGGGAGGAAACUUCCUGCGGGGCUGCAGUAGCACAACCAGCGUGUGCUUUCACCAUCUGCUCCCGCCCCUUACCGUACCAGUUUCUGUGCUCUCCUACCGUUGGGCUUGGACAGGUAUUAAAGUCUUCAGACAUAAUUAA